AUGUUUUUUAGUAUCGUAUUUUUCCUUCAAUUGAGUACGGUAGUAUUAUCACAAAGUGUAUUUUCUCCUCCAGAAUUUACAGAUACUAGUUGUGCUGGUAGUAAUCAAUGGACAACUUGGUUUGAUUCAAAUGAUCCAAGUGCAGCACUUGGUGAAUUUGAAGUAACAACUCAUAUUCAACAAAUAUUUCCUUCAUUUAUGUGUCCAGUACCAAUUGCGAUUGAAGCUCGUACAAUAUCUGAUGUAAAUCCAGCACAAACUGGUGAUAUAUUUCGUAUAACACCUAAAGAUGGUUUCUUAUGUUUAAAUCAACAAGUUGAUGGUUUUAAACAAAAAUUAUGUUCUGAUUAUAAAGUACGUUAUUGUUGUCCAUUAACAACUGUUGGACAAACAACCACCACAACAACAUUUCGAACACCAGUUGCUUCUAGUUAUACUUGUGGUCGUCAAACUAUAACACCUUUACGUCAACGUGUUGUUGGAGGUGUUGAAGCUAUACCAAAUUCAUGGCCAUGGAUUGUUUCUUUAAGAGUACGUGAUCAUUUUUGUGGUGGAACUUUAAUUGAUACACGACAUGUUCUUACAGCUGCACAUUGUUUAACUGGUGCAAAUCCUGCUAGUCUUCGAGUAGUUGCUGGUUUACAUCAACGAUUAAAUUUGAAUACAGGACUUACACAAAAUAUUGGUGUAUCACGUAUAUUUCUUCACGAACAAUAUAGUUCAAGAACACAUGCUAAUGAUAUUGCUAUUAUUCGUCUUUGUCAACCAGUUCAAUUGAAUGCAUAUGUAAAUUUAAUUUGUUUACCAGGACCUGAUCCACAAGAAUUAUCAUCAGUUACUGUAGCUGGUUGGGGAUCAACAUAUUAUGGUAGUCCAUUACCUAGUGCACUUCGACAAGUUACAAUGCAAGUAACAAAUGCUCAAGCUAAAGCAUCAUAUCCAGCUUAUUUCAAUGUUCAACGACAAAUUGGUGCUGGUAUACCAUAUGUUGGUGGAAAAGAUAGUUGUCAAGGUGAUAGUGGUGGUCCUUUGAUGUACAAUCCUGCUGGUCAAUGGUAUCUAUCAGGUGUAGUUAGUUUUGGCAUGCAAUGUGGACAUGGAAAUUUUCCAGGUGUUUAUACACGUACAAGUGCUUAUCUUAAUUGGAUACAUAAUAAAAUAAAUUCGAUUUAA